AUGCCUACCAUCAGUGUAGACAAGGCGGAGCUCUACAAAGCCUUGGGCCAGGAGUACACGACCGAGGAAUUCGAGGAGCUAUGCUUCGAGUUUGGUAUCGAGCUGGAUGAGGACACAACGAACUCAGAACGGCCCAUCGUCAACGGCAAGCAGGCGCCCGCAGAACUGAAAAUCGAGAUCCCCGCCAACCGUUAUGACAUGCUGUGUUUCGAGGGCAUAGCUCUCAUGCUCAACAUCUUCCGCGAGAAGACGCCGCUGCCGAGUUACAGAUUGGUUGCGCCGAAGGAUGGCAAGAUUCAGACAAUAACGGUCCAUCCAGACACCCUCAAAGUUCGGCCAUAUGUUUCUGGGGCUAUUCUACGAAAUGUCAAGUUCACCCAGGACGCCUAUGACUCCUUCAUCUCGUUGCAGGACAAGUUACACCAAAAUUUGGCAAGAAACCGGACCUUGGUGGCUAUCGGUACACACGAUUUGGAUACCAUCAAAGGACCCUUCACCUACGAAGCACUACCACCCAAGGAUAUCAAGUUCAUACCUCUGAACCAGACCAAGGAGAUGAACGCGGCGGAAAUGAUGGAUUUCUAUGACAAGGACAAGCACCUUGGAAAGUACCUACACAUUAUCAAGGAUAAGCCGGUAUACCCAGUCAUCUACGACUCAGAAAGGGUCGUCUGCUCUAUGCCCCCUAUCAUCAACGGCGACCAUUCGAAGAUCACCCUGAACACGACCAACGUCUUCAUUGAGAUGACUGGAACGGACCGUACCAAGCUGGAAAUCGUGAACAACAUCAUAGUUUCCAUGUUCUCCCAAUACUGCUCCGAGCCCUUCACCAUCGAGCCCGUCAAGAUCAUCUCCGAGCACAAUGGCGAGACACGACAAACACCUGACCUGAGCCCCCGCACUGCCGAAGCAGAGGUAGACUACAUCAACAACUGCUGCGGCUUGCAAGAAACCCCCGAGCGGAUAUGCCAACUUCUGACCAAGAUGUGCUACACCGCUAAGCCCUCCCCAGAAGACCCAAACAUCAUUAAAGUCUCCGUGCCGCCCACCCGCGCCGACGUCCUCCACCAGUGCGACAUCAUGGAAGAUGUAGCCAUCGCCUACGGCUUCAACAAUCUCCCUCGUACUUCCCCUAACAAAGCCUCCACGAUCGCCCAACCCCUAUUGAUUAACAAGCUCGGCGACAUCGUCCGCCAGGAAACCGCCAUGGCCGGCUGGAGCGAAGUCAUGCCCCUGAUCCUCUGCUCGCACGACGAGAACUUCGCCUGGCUGAACCGCAAAGACGACGGUACCACCGCCGUCCGCCUCGCUAACCCCAAGACAGCCGAGUACCAGAUCGUGCGCACCUCAUUACUCCCGGGUCUCCUGAAGACCAUCCGUGAGAACAAGAAACACAGCGUGCCCAUCAAAGUCUUCGAAGUCUCCGACGUGGCUUUCAAAGACGAGUCUCUGGAGCGCAAGUCCCGAAAUGAGCGACACUUCGCCGCGGCGUGGUACGGUAAGACAAGCGGCUUCGAGAUCGUGCACGGUUUGCUGGAUCGGGUGCUCCUGAUGCUGAAGACUGCUUUCAUCACACACGAAGAGGGUCUGGAGGGUAAGAAAGUGGAUGGGUACUGGAUCCAGGAAAUUGACGAGGCGACGUUCUUUGCCGGGCACGCGGCUGCCAUAUACCUCCGUGUGGACGGCAAGGUGCAGCGUAUCGGCGAGUUCGGAAUUCUGCACCCGACCGUUCUUGAUAAGUUCGAGCUGAGGUAUCCCGUGAGCACACUAGAGAUCAACCUGGAAGUCUUCUCAUAA